AUGGACUCAGCGACUAGCUCCCCCAACGAUGAAUUGGAAGACCUUCACAUAUCCUCUCACCCGGUGCUGAAGCAUAAGAUGUCGAAACUCAGGGACAAAGAGACGCCUCCAGCCGAAUUUCGAAAACUUCUGAAGGACAUCUCCUUCAUAAUGGCGGUCGAGGCUUCCCGCGAUCUGGAGACGGAAUCUGUCGAAGGUCUUCAAUCUCCGAUCGCUCCCUACACUGGUGUCGCCCUGGAAGCACGCAUUGGCAUUUCACCAAUUCUUCGGGCUGGAAUUGGAAUGACUGAUGCGUUUUUGGACAUAUUUCCAGAAGCAUCUGUGUUCUACUUGGGCCUAUUUCGUGAUAAAACGUUACUCCAACCGGUCGAAUACUACCAAAAGCUUCCCGCGGUGCCACAAGUUGAUACAGUCUUUUUACUCGACCCUAUUCUUGCAACAGGUGGUACCGCUAUAGCAGCGUGCAACAUGUUGGUCAAUGCCGGAAUUCCAAUGGAACGCAUCAAGUUGAUCACGAUUUUGGCCAGCAUGCCAGGUCUCCAAGCGGUCAUCAAGGACUGUCAAGGUCUUCAGAUUUGGUGUGGAUCAGUUGAUCAAGAAUUGAAAAAUGGAAUGAUUGUUCCUGGCCUCGGUGAUAGUGGCGAUCGUUUGUUCAAUACACUGGGCUAG